CCAAGAUGAAAGUCAUUGCUCUCCUUGUACUUUUUGUGACCCUGUUCCGCCAUGGAUACAGCAACUCCCUGGACUCGUGUCAGGGCCGCUGUGGUUAUGGGACAGACAGUAAUUUCUCCUGUCAGUGUAACCCAUCCUGUGAGCGCUACAGAGACUGUUGUUCAGACUACGCUGAAAUAUGUAAAGCUGGAGCCACAUCUUGUACAGGCAGAUGUGGCGAGAAAUACGACUCGCAGAACGAGUGCCACUGUAACUCCAAGUGCACCCAGCACAAAAACUGCUGCAGCGACUACACAGACCUCUGUGACAGUGAUGGGGGAGGGGGUGGUAGUGUGAUCACUGAUGCUGAGAUCAGGGCCAUCUCCGAGGCGCUUUACGCUCUGGACGUGAACAAGGCUUCAGCGUCAGAGUUGGUUAUUCACCCUCAGGCUCUAGUGCCGGACUCUCAGACAAACUCGAAGAUAGACCUCUCCUCUGGGCCCUUGUUCCGCUACCUGGAUGAGGAGACCCUCUUCUCCAGACCCACAUAUGCUGCUCUCCUUGCUGUGCUGGACAACUACCACAGGAUGACUGGACAGGCGGAGCACUUCAGCUCUCAGCAGCUGGCUGAGCAGGAGACUUUUGUCAAGGAGACCAUGUCCAACACUGAGCUCGGCAGAGAGCUGUUUGCCUUCCUCUACACGAAGGGUGUCUAUGCAUCAGAGGAAGAGUUCAUUCAGGAUCUGAAGAUGAUGUGGUUUGGUCUGUACUCCCGCAACAACAACAUGAUGGACUCCAGUGGCUUUGAACACAUCUUUGCAGGAGAGGUCAAAGGAGGAAAAGUGUCCGGUUUCCACAACUGGAUCCAGUUUUAUCUACUUGAAAAAAGAGAACAGCUGAACUACUACAGCCAUAGCUUCAAUGGGCCUUGGACUUCCUACCCUGAUGUCAUGGGGAUGCAGUUCAUGUGGGAUGGCUACUUCAAGCAGGUCGGCUCUGCAGUCAUCGGCUGCAGCCCCGAGUUUGACUUUGCCAUUUACAGCCUCUGCUACAUCACUCGCCCCGGAAAACAGUGUCUUCUGAGCCUGGGAGGAAAGGAGCUCACUAUCCAAACUUACACCUGGGAAAAAUCUUUCUAUGGUGAUGGGAAGAAGUUCAUCGGCUCUGCCUUUCCUGCAACCCCCAAGAACUGAGCCGCCAUUUGCUAAACAAAAAACAAUUUACAGAGCUCUCCGCCUGUCUUUCAUUAAACUAAUUAUAUAAAUGCUUUGAAAUAAUCCCAACAGAAGCACUUAUAUCAGUGAGAGG